AUGGAUAAAUUCGAUAUAGAGUAUUUAAAUAUUUCAGAAAAAGUAAAAAAAAAGUUAUAUACCCUUAAUAUAAACACAAUUGAAAAGCUAAGUACAAAUUAUUUAGAAGACGCCAAUGUGGAAGAAAUAAAUACAGCCCAGAACGAACUAUUCAGUUAUCAUUUGCGAGAUCUGGUUGCACGAAAUGAAUGGAAUGAAAAAGGACAACAAGACAGAUCUAGGGAUACCUUCUCUAAUUAUAAACACCCCGUGAGUGAUCAAGAAAGAUACUGCAAUAAUGGGAUACAUACAGAUGCAGAUGCAAGUGCAGAAAAUUUGUCUGAUUGUAGUGAUGAUGAAGCUAGAGAUGAGUGUGAGUCUUCAUCUUCUUCGACAUCGAUUUACUUGUCAAGCGUAUCAAGUUCCUGUGAUUUGGAGAGCGACAUUCAUAGGACUUGCUUCACAAAAAAUUAUGGAAGAAGAGAAUAUUCUCAGAUAAAAAGUAUAAACUCAGGGAUUCACUUGAAGUGUAAUAAUACUUCAGUGAAUAGUACAGUAAUUGGAUACACAAAGAAUUUAUUGAACCAUAAGAAUAUUCGAGAAAUGGCAAGACUCGAGAUGGAUUUUUUGUCAUGUUCUAAUUUCAUGAAAGGCACUCUAAUGAACACCAGCAGAUCGAACAUAACCAAGGGAGAAAAUAGAAGGAGAUGCAGAAGCAGCAGAGGCAAAACAUGCAAAAGAACCAAAACAGGUAGCCUUGCACUGAACAAACUACUGGGCACCCGGCUGGAAGGAGGAAAAAUAUUCUACUUUUACGGGAGGAAGGUAAAAAUAAACAAAGUCAUCUCGAUAAACUUAUUGUUCGAUUUAACUAUUCGUGGCAAACCGAACUCUGUUGUCGUAUUCAUACAUUUUAGCUACAUUAACGACAUUACAAUAAUUCAGAAUAUAUUAAGAGAAAAGAUAAAAAAGGGAAAAAAUAAUUCUUUAGAUGAUAUUUUUAACAAGUUUUACAUUUUUAGAGUUCAAAAUUGGGGGGAACUUGUCUCCUUUUUAUCACAUGUUAGAAAAAUCAAUUAUGAAAAAAAAGAAAAAUCCAAGGAAAAAUAUCCAUCCUUUAUGAACAAUCAAUUAGCCAAUUUAGCAUGUAUAGCAAUAGACAAUUUUACAAAUUUGCUAAAAAAUAUAACCACGCAAAAUUGUAAUGAACAUUUCUACCUCGUUCGAGAAUUAAGAAUAAUUUCCAUCAUGUUAAGUAUCCCCAUUCUCAUUUUCGAUUAUGCAAAAUUCCCAGUUGGGGUAAGUACAAUUUGGAACAGGAAAAUGCAUCGUGAAGAAGAAAACGGGCUAGAAGCAAUCAAUACAGAACACGAAUUUAAGUAUGAAAAUAGCAAAACGAGGGGAGAGAUGUCGGCAGAGGUGCGGGCAGAAAUGAAUACAUGCAGUCCUUAUGUCAAGGAAAAUCAAAUUGGGCACUUAGAUGGAGAAGAACAGUGCACAUACACAUUCACAAAUGAUAUACAAAAUUGUACGAAUAGCAUGAAUAGUGGGAAUAAUAAAAAAGUGAUAAAACAAAUACACGCAUUCUCGCCAUGCAAUGAAGACCAAUACAGUGCUGAUCGCAGUCUGGUAUCAGACGAGUCUGAAUCGUACGGGGAUUAUCAAACGGAUGAAGACACAACUGAUGAGACAGAAAAAAGAGAUGAGGAAGACCAACUUGAUGAGGCAGACGAACGUGAUGAGGCAGACGAACGUGAUGAGGCAGACCAACUUGAUGAGGCAGACCAACUUGAUGAAGCAACCGAACGUACGGACAACUACAUAUCGUAUGAAUUUCCUGACCCUUGCUAA